AGGGCACUAGUGUACAGCCCAGAUUGCAUCCUUGCACCGUCUGGAUUAGAGCUGAGGCGUCUGCGAACCGAGCGUGGCCGCGGUCCUCUGGCCGGGGGACCAUAGCGCUGUCUACCCGGACUCAGCGUCCAGCUCACCACAGCCAUCACGACACCCAUUGUACCCUUGGUCAGUUUACUUUGAUGCAGCAGUGAAGAAGGGGGACUUGAAUUCCCCUAGAGACGCCUCCAGGGCGUGGAGGUGGUCGUGGAGAACGAGGAGGAGGAGGAGGAAGAGAAGGAGGCUGGGGUGCAGGCGGCGAAGGAGUCGGACGAGCGGUAUUGGCUAGCGGGACGGAGCAGGGAGAAGCAGGCAUCAGGUCCACACGGUGAGCGCUCAGAGCCGGCUGGCUGGACCAGCGUGGGAACGCGGCUGGCCGGCUGUGGACCGCGUCCUCAGCACAAUGGUCUGGCUCCUCUUGGUUUUCUUCCCAGCUAUCUUUUUGGAGAUGUCCCUUCUUCCCAGAGGCCCGAGCAGGAAAACGUUGCUGGCGGAAGCCUCGUCUCAGCGCUCGGUGGCCAGAAUGGACGGAGAUGUCAUCAUUGGGGCCCUCUUCUCAGUCCACCACCAGCCUCCGGCAGAGAAGGUGCCCGAGAGGAAGUGUGGGGAGAUCAGGGAGCAGUAUGGCAUCCAGAGGGUGGAGGCCAUGUUCCACACAUUGGAUAAGAUCAAUGCAGACCCAGUCCUCCUGCCCAACAUCACCCUGGGCAGUGAGAUCCGAGAUUCCUGCUGGCACUCCUCGGUGGCUCUGGAGCAGAGCAUUGAGUUCAUCAGGGACUCUCUGAUUUCCAUUCGAGAUGAGAAGGAUGGGCUCAACCGGUGCUUGCCUGAUGGCCAGACCCUCCCCACAGGCAGGACUAAGAAGCCCAUUGCAGGCGUGAUCGGUCCGGGCUCCAGCUCUGUAGCCAUUCAAGUGCAGAACCUGCUCCAGCUGUUUGACAUCCCCCAGAUUGCAUAUUCUGCCACAAGCAUCGACCUCAGUGACAAAACUUUGUACAAAUACUUCCUAAGGGUUGUCCCUUCUGACACUUUGCAGGCAAGGGCGAUGCUUGACAUAGUCAAACGUUACAAUUGGACCUAUGUCUCUGCAGUCCACACUGAAGGGAAUUACGGGGAGAGCGGAAUGGAUGCUUUCAAAGAGCUGGCUGCCCAGGAAGGCCUCUGCAUCGCUCAUUCAGACAAAAUCUACAGCAAUGCAGGGGAGAAGAGCUUUGACCGACUCCUGCGCAAGCUCAGAGAGCGGCUUCCCAAGGCCAGAGUGGUGGUCUGCUUUUGUGAAGGCAUGACUGUCCGAGGCCUCCUGAGCGCCAUGCGGCGCCUUGGCGUCGUAGGCGAGUUUUCACUCGUUGGAAGUGAUGGCUGGGCAGACAGAGAUGAAGUCAUUGAAGGUUAUGAGGUGGAAGCCAACGGGGGAAUCACGAUAAAGCUACAGUCUCCAGAGGUCAGGUCAUUUGAUGAUUAUUUCCUGAAACUGAGGCUGGACACUAACACAAGGAAUCCUUGGUUCCCUGAGUUCUGGCAACAUCGGUUCCAGUGCCGCCUACCAGGACACAUUCAGGAAAAUCCCAACUUUAAAAGAAUCUGCACAGGCAAUGAAAGCUUAGAAGAAAACUAUGUCCAGGACAGUAAGAUGGGGUUUGUCAUCAACGCCAUCUACGCCAUGGCGCACGGGCUGCAGAACAUGCACCACGCCCUCUGCCCCGGCCACGUGGGCCUCUGCGAUGCCAUGAAGCCCAUCGAUGGCAGCAAACUCCUGGACUUCCUUAUCAAGUCCACGUUCGUCGGCGUGUCUGGAGAGGAGGUGUGGUUUGAUGAGAAAGGGGAUGCUCCUGGAAGGUAUGAUAUCAUGAACCUGCAGUACACUGACGCUAAUCGCUAUGACUAUGUUCACGUUGGAACCUGGCAUGAAGGGGUGCUGAACAUUGAUGAUUACAAAAUCCAGAUGAACAAGAGUGGAGUGGUACGGUCUGUGUGCAGUGAGCCUUGCUUAAAGGGUCAGAUUAAGGUUAUACGGAAAGGAGAAGUCAGCUGUUGCUGGAUUUGUACUGCCUGCAAAGAGAAUGAAUUUGUGCAAGAUGAAUUCACCUGCAAAGCUUGUGACUUGGGAUGGUGGCCCAGUGGAGAUCUAACAGGCUGUGAACCCAUUCCUGUCCGCUACCUGGAGUGGAGCAGCAUAGAAUCCAUCAUAGCCAUUGUCUUUUCCUGCCUGGGCAUCCUCGUUACUUUGUUCGUCACGCUCGUCUUUGUGCUGUACCGGGACACGCCAGUGGUCAAGUCCUCCAGUCGGGAGCUCUGCUACAUUAUCCUGGCCGGCAUCUUCCUCGGUUACGUGUGCCCUUUCACUCUCAUUGCCAAACCGACCACCACAUCCUGCUACCUCCAGCGCCUCCUGGUUGGCCUCUCCUCUGCCAUGUGCUACUCUGCUUUAGUGACCAAAACCAAUCGCAUUGCACGCAUCCUGGCGGGCAGCAAGAAGAAGAUCUGCACCCGGAAGCCCAGGUUUAUGAGCGCCUGGGCCCAGGUGAUCAUCGCCUCAAUUCUGAUUAGUGUGCAGCUAACCUUGGUGGUAACCCUGAUCAUCAUGGAGCCCCCGAUGCCCAUCCUGUCUUACCCAAGUAUCAAAGAGGUCUACCUUAUCUGCAAUACCAGCAACCUGGGUGUGGUGGCCCCUCUGGGCUACAAUGGACUCCUCAUCAUGAGCUGUACCUACUAUGCCUUCAAGACCCGCAACGUGCCCGCCAACUUCAAUGAGGCCAAAUACAUCGCCUUCACCAUGUACACCACCUGCAUCAUCUGGCUGGCUUUCGUGCCCAUUUACUUUGGGAGCAACUACAAGAUCAUAACUACCUGCUUUGCAGUGAGCCUCAGUGUGACGGUGGCCCUGGGGUGCAUGUUCACUCCUAAGAUGUACAUCAUUAUUGCCAAGCCCGAGAGGAAUGUCCGCAGUGCCUUCACCACCUCGGACGUGGUCCGCAUGCAUGUUGGCGAUGGCAAGCUGCCCUGCCGCUCCAACACUUUCCUCAACAUUUUCCGAAGAAAGAAACCAGGGGCAGGGAAUGCCAAUUCUAAUGGCAAGUCUGUGUCAUGGUCUGAACCAGGUGGAAGACAGGUGCCCAAAGGACAGCACAUGUGGCACCGCCUCUCUGUGCACGUGAAGACCAGUGAGACGGCCUGCAACCAGACAGCCGUCAUCAAACCCCUCACUAAAAGUUACCAAGGCUCCGGAAAGAGCCUGACCUUUUCAGAUACCAGCACCAAGACCCUUUACAACGUGGAGGAGGAAGACGCCCAGCCGGUUGGCUUCAGCCCUCCCAGCAGUCCUUCGAUGGUGGUGCACCGACGCGUGCCAACCGCGGUGAGCACCCCGCCUCUGCCGCCCCACCUGACUGCAGAGGAGACCCCCCUCUUCCUGGCCGACCCGGCCGUCCCCAAGGGCUUGCCCCCUCCCCUCCAGCAGCCGCCGCCGCCCCCGCCACAGCCACCGCAGAAAUCUCUCCUGGACCAGCUGCAGGGGGUGGUCACCAAUUUCAGCACCGGGAUCCCGGAUUUCAACGCGGUGCUCGCAGUCCCUGGGGGUCCGGGAAACGGGGUGCGGUCCUUGUUCCCGCCCACGGCGGUCCCUCAGCACCUGCAGAUGCUGCCGCUGCAGCUGAGCACCUUCGGGGAGGAGCCCGCCUCCUCGCCAGCGGAGGACGACGACGACGAUGACAGCGAGAGGUUCAAGCUCCUGCAGGAGUACCUGUAUGAGCGGGAGGGGAACACGGAGGAAGACGAGCUGGAAGAGGAGGAGGAGGACCUGCAGGCGGCCAGCAAACCGACCCUAGAGGAUUCGCCUGCCCUGACGCCUCCGUCCCCCUUCCGCGACUCGGUGGCCUCGGGUAGCUCGGUGCCCAGCUCCCCCGUGUCCGAGUCGGUGCUGUGCACGCCUCCCAACGUGACCUACGCCUCUGUCAUUCUGAGGGACUAUAAGCAAAGCUCUUCCACCCUGUAGGGAGGAGGUGUCCACAGGGAAACGCAGAGGUGUCAAGGAGAAGCAGCACCUCCGGAGACAGAAAGCUGGAGAAGCGGAGGCUGGAGGGUGAAGUCAGGAGCAAGGAGGAGACCGCUGCGGCUGCCUUAGUAAGGUGGGCGUGCGAGAUGCUGGACUCCGCAAGCAAAAAGUGAUCCGGGAGAGGAUUCCAAUUCUUGAAUUAUUCAAAAGCCUUCUCUGGGAAGAAAGGGAGUUCUGACAAAGCACAAUCCCAUAUAGUACUUAACUUUUAUUGCAAAAAACAAACAAAAUCAACCAACAUAAUCUUUUCGGACAAUUGCGCAUAGAUACACAUGCCCACACACUCUUGGCCACCUUGAAACAGGACUGCGCAUGGGAACCACCCAGCUGAAUCAUUAACUCACCAUCAUGGUAUUCCUAGCGAGGAUGGUGGAGCCAGACAGAGCAGAUGGGUGACGGAGGGGCAGACACAGAACCACCCAGAGAACAGUGAUGAACAGCAGCUCAUUGCUCUCAAGCCCUUCUCCCUGCUUGUCCCACAGUGUCUCCAGGACACUCGGAACCCGCCCCAAAAGGGGCCUCUCUUCACCCCCUGCACCACAUCCAGGGCCAGCCUCGCGAUCACCCUUGGAGAAAGGUGCAUGUGUGGGCACCCUGCUGCUCUGUGAAUUCCCUCUAUUUAGGAAAACAGGAAUAAGGGCAAAAUCAUCACCAAAAAGCACUCCAUCAGGAGUGCUUCUGGAGGAUGGGAUGAGAAGCAGGAUACUACAUGAGCUUGGGGCUUUGAACAAGUCAGUCAACAAAAUCGGCUUCCCACAUCUGAUACUUGUUUAGUGGUGAUUUGGGGAAAAGGCCGGACGAGAUUGUUUUGAGAGUGGCAGAAGACUUUUUGUGGAUUUGCUUGUGUGCCAAGGGGGCUCUCCUUGCCUUUUCGUUAAAGAGAACAAACCAUGUGGCAGAAUUGUUACCUUCCAUUUACUGUAGCAAAUAAUACUUACCAGUUGAACUUCUAAGAUGCGGUAUGUGUACUUGGUGCCAUUGUUUCUCCUAUGUACUACAGAAACAAAUCCAUCUUUGAACUUAACGGUGUACUCAUAGCAACUAUUAGUGGUUUCAGUGACAAGAUUCAAUUGUCACUGAAGUCCCCGUAACUAGCAAGUGAAUGUGUUCUUGUGUCCUUGUAUAUCUGUGAUAAUAAAAUUUGUGCAAUGUAAUGUCAAACUAACUGCAACUAGAAGAUUGUCUUUCUGAUAUAGUAUUAAUAUUUUUAUGUUCCAAUGACAUUUUAUAUACCAUUGCCAUCAAUAUCUACAGGAGCUCUUUGAAGGUCUGAGUGCUCUGGUCCAAUGUUUUUCAUAUGCUGCUCAGAUGGUCCUUCUUCUAAGAGGGAACUUAUUUUUCAGAUAUUUUAUGAUGUGGAAAUAUGUUAUUAAUGAAGUGGUUAAUAUUGUAUUGUAUUAAAAGUUCACAAAAACUGUGGGGAACAAUAAAAAGGUACAUUUUAUAAAUUUGCAGACAUCAUGAUUAAAACGUAAGAUUGAAAUGACAGUAUUUAUGUUAUUUCAAGUUACUUUAGAUUUUUUUUUUUUUUUGAAUUUUCCACAGCUACUUAAGCUUGUGCUUAACACAUAUACUAACCUCUGAGUCUGGUCAUGAUUUCUCAAAUUAUUUUUCGUUACUUUUUCAUUUUUUUAAAUUUUUAUUUCCAUGUUCUUUAAAUUCCUAUCUAUGCUGUCUUAACUCAUCUUUUUAUUUUUGUUAUUUGCAGUGUGUAAUAUCCACGUGCGUGUAAUUUGGUUGUUUCACUUCUGAUCUCACUUUUUACCCCAAAUAAGAGAGAUUUUUCUUGCUGUUUUGAUUUCUUGUAUUAUUUGGGGAUGAAUCAGAUCCCCUUAGAUAUCUUUGUUUAUGCCUUAUGUUCAGUCAUGUUUAAUAUGCUUCCUUCCUGUUGAAGCUGCUGAUUUCUAGCCAAAAAUCAUCUCAGAACCUUUAAAUACACAUGGUAUCAUUUAUUCAGUUUAACAUCCACUCCAAUGUUUGAGACUCACAUUCUUAUGUCUUCCCAUAUUCUACUGCCAAGUUUAGAAAGUUUUAUAUC